ACCUCUCCCCGCCAUGGCCCCCCUGGCUCAGACCCUGGCACUGCUGGCAAUGACCACGGCCACUGCAGUCAUGGAUGAGGUGCCCAUGGACAUGGCCCCGAACUCCUUCGAUGACCGGUACUGGGGCUGCCGUGACAAAAUGACUGCGGCAUUGCCGGCCUUGCACUGGUCAGAGCUCCAGCAGAACUCUCUGUUYGCCCAGGCCUGGGCUCAGGCCACGGCCGAGUGGCAGAAGCGCGGGUCCCAUAUGUCCGGUCUCUCAUCCUCGGACCAGGCCAUCGCCAUCAUGGCCUACACGGGGCCAACAUCAUUGUACAAGGAGUUCAACAACGCCGUGCGCGAGGCCGGGUACUCCUCCUGGGAAUACCGAAACAACUUCSACUUCAAAGCCCUGCAUUUCCUGCUGACCGAUGCCCUGACCACGCUCUGGGCCACUAGGCACUUGAACUGUCGUGAAGUGUUCCGGGGUGUGCGCAACAUCCGGUUCGAGGCGCGGCCCGGCCAGACRGUUCGGUUCGGUCAAUUCACGUCCACAUCGCUGAGCAAAACRGUCUCCGAGGAAUACGGGACGGACACGUUCUUCCAGGUGACCACCUGCUACGGYGUGGUCAUAGCAGAUUUCUCCUUCAAUCGCAGCCAGCAGGAGGUGCUGAUCCCGCCCUUCGAAACCUUCGAGGUCACCAAGGUCAUCCUGGAUAGGGACAAGACGCAGAUCGAGCUCCGCUCCAGCGGGAUGCAUAACGAGUACAACUGCGAAUGGCUGGGAGGUGAUAUCAUGGGGACACCCCUGUGGGGACACUCGGGGAGAGUGGGGGACAGGGACAUUGCUGGGGACAAGGGAUGGGGAGACCCACUGUGGACACAGGGACAGGGURGAAGCAGCCCCAGGGACCCCCCGCUGAUCGCAUGGCUCCUCUUGGCCCUGGCAGCCCUUGCAGUGGCCACCGGGAUCUUCUCUGGGCCACGUGGCCAUCGUAGUAAUUCUGGUCACCAUGACAACUAUGGACACCACUGCCACAACAGUCACUGA